AUGGCGGCCGCGAUGCGCAUCAGGCGGCAAGUGGCAGCCCCCGGCCGCGGCCAAUCCCCUCGCUCGCCGCAGGACCUGCCGGCGGGGGCGCGGCUGAUCGAGCUGCCACGGCGCUGCCUGCUGACGUACGAUCCGUCAGACUGCGACCCCGGGCUGCUGGCGCUCAUCGGGCAGGUCCCCGAGGAGCUCUGGGGCGGCCGCCUGGCCCUGGCCCUGCUGGCGCACCGCGCCGCCGGCCCCAGCAGCCCCUUCGCCCCCUACAUCGCGCAGCUGCCCCGCGGCUUCCCGGGCGUGCCCAUGUUCUUCUCCCGGGAGGCCCUGGAGGCGAUUGACUACCCUCCCGUGGUGGAGCAGGUCAAGAAGCGCUGCCGCUGGCUGCACCGCUUCAGCACCGACGCGCUGGCACCGCUGGCCGGCACCGCGGCGGACCCAUUUGGCGGCGUGAGGGUGGACAUCAACUCGCUGGGCUGGGGCCUGGCCGCUGUGACGAGCCGCGCGUUCCGCGUGCGCGGGCCGUCGCAGCCUGCUUCGCUGCUGCCCCUCAUCGACAUGGCCAACCACAGCUUUGAGCCCAACGCCGAGGUGCUGCCUGCUGAGGACGGCGGUGUGGCCAUGGUGGCCAAGCGGCAGUUGCGUGUGUGUGAGUGGCCAUGGUGGCCAAGCGGCAGGUGGGGGCAGUGGGCAGGGGUGACGUGA